AUGGAAACUCGCGUGAAACUGGAUAAAUAUGCAAACAUUCUUGCUACUACUUUUGAAAAUUGGAAUUGCAUUACCAACUACGAUUUUUCUGUGAAUGGAAGAUUAUGGUUACUGUGGCGAAAAGAUAUUGAUAUCUCUUUAUGCUAUGUUUCGGCUCAAACCAUCACUGUUAAAGGAAUAUUUCAGGAUGUUCCUUACAUUAUUACUGCUAUCUAUGGUGGUAACAAUGGAUUUUUAGAAGACAGCUUUGGCAUGAUCUUAGGCAUAUUGAAUCUAAUUUUAGUAACCUCCCCUGGAUCUUGGGAGUUGCAAGAUCAUCCUUAUUUUGGUCCUACAUUUUCAUGGAGCAACAAGCAAAGAGAUAAUUUCUUGGCUCGGAAAUUAAACAGAGUUUUAAUCAAUCCUUUAUGGUUUGAAUAUUUCCCCCUUUCUUAUGUGGAGUUCAUGGCUCCGGGUCCUUCUGAUCACUGCAUGACUUUGAGCAUUCAAAAGAGAGAGGAACUUGAAUUGCAACAACUCCAUACCUUAAACGGUGAUGAACCUUUGGAGAAAGAACUUGAACUGCAGAGAGAUUUUAUCUUGUUAGAAGAAGCUGAAUCGAUGUUUUUGAAACAAAAAGCUAAGGUUCAUUGGAUUAAAGAAGGUACUCAAGAUCCUAAUACUCGAGUUUGUCCACCUUCUAUUCUUAAAGAUUUGGUGCACUCAAUUUCUUCCUUGGAAGAUAAGGAAAUGCUUGCUAAAGAAGUUACCAAUGAGGAGAUUAAAGAAGCCAUAUUCAGUCAAGGCAAUGAUAAGGCUCCAGGCCCCGAUGGUUAUUCCGUCUUGUUCUUCAAAAAAGCUUGGUCGGUGGUUGGAAAUGAUGUUCUUAAAGCUGUCAAAUAUUUCUUCCAGGAAUCUUUUAUUUAUCCAACCUUUAACUCGACCACUAUUGCAUUAAUUCCUAAAAUGCCAAAUCCAAGCAAAGUUUCUGAUUUCCGUCCUAUAUCAUGUUGUUCAGUGAUUUACAAAGCAAUUACUAAGAUCCUUGUUGAUAGGAUAACUUCUCUGCUUCCAGGGAUUAUAGCUCCAAAUCAAUCUGUAUUUGUCAAGAGAAGAAGUAUAGUUGAUAAUACUCUUCUUGCACAAGAGAUUGUCAAAGGGUACUCUAUUACAUUCAAUGGAACUUUGAUCGGUUAUUUCAAGGGUCCUAAGGGAAUAAGACAAGACGAUCCUCUUUCCCCCAUUUUAUUUGUUCUGAUUAUGAAUGUCCUGUCCAAUCUUCUCAACACUGCUGCUUCUAAAGGGAUGUUUUCUUUUCAUCCUAAAUGCAAGAAUAUUGGGCUCGCUCACUUGUCUUUUGCUGACGACUUACUAAUUUUCUGCAAAGGUAAGCUUGAAUCUAUUUUGGGUGUCAUUACAGUCCUGGUCUGCUUCUAUGAAUUUUCUGGAUUGAAGCUUAAUGUUGGAAAAUGUGAACUCUGCACGGCUGGUAUAUCUCAUCACAUCAUUGAAUCUAUCAUAAGUUUUACUGGCUUUAAACAAGGAAGACUUCCCGUGCGUUACUUGGGUGUUCCUUUAGUAACCAAGAAACUUACUGAAAAAGAUUGUCAAGCUCUUAUAGACAAUAUCAAAAACAGAAUUCAACAAUGGUCUAGCAAAAAUAUGAGUUAUGCAGGAAGGGUGGAUCUCAUCAAGACUGUUCUUUAUAGCGUUGCAAACUAUUGGUGUUGA